UGGGCUGCAAGUGCCAGGACGGGGCGGGGCCGCGCGGAGUUUCAAAUCCGCUGUGGUGGGCUAGGAGAGGGUGUCGAUUUUCGAGUCCUGGUAUCAAGCAGGGAGGAUCUAUCGGGCAGAGGAAACUGGACCAAGCACAUGGCGUCUCAGUGGCAGGGCAUGAGGACCUCCGUGCGCAGACGAUCACUCCUAAAGGAGGAGCAGCUAGAGAAGGAGGUGACCCGGUCUGCUGGAGGUCAUCUGGAGACCGGUCCCUUGGGCUCCCUGUGCAGACAGUUCCAAAGGAGGCUGCCACUGAGAGCAGUCAGCCUGAACCUUGGUAAUGGCCCCUCCUGGAAACGCCUGGAAACUCCAGAGCCAGAGCAGCAAGGUCUUCAGGCUGCAGCUCGCUCAGCCAAAAGCGCCUUGGGUGCCAUGUCCCAGAGGAUCCAGGAGUCCUGUCAAAGCGGCACCAAGUGGCUGAUGGAGACCCAGGUGAGAGUGAGGAGGAAGCGAGGAGCCCAGAAAGACAGAGGGUCGCCACCACCCAGUCUGAGUCCAAAGAACACUCGGCUAUGCAGAGCCAACCGGGACGCUAGAGGGGGAGGACUUCCUCGCCUCUCUGGCCAGAUGGGUCCACAUGCUCAUCGCCGUCAGCGGCUAAGGAGGGAGGCUGCCCUCCGGAGCCCCUGUUCCUCCACAGAUCCUCUCUGCUCUCCCAGUGAGUCUGACAGCGACCUAGAGCCUGUGGGAGCUGGAAUCCAGCAUCUUCAGAAGCUGUCUCAAAAGCUGGACAAAGCCAUCAAGGCUGAAGAGAGUGGUGACAUGACCGUCUCCCUUAUCAGUGAAUGAGGACACCAAGCAUCCUACAGAGGGGAGCUAUACUAUCCUACACGCACUGCCUUGAGAAUAUGGAGACGCACGAUGGAACCUCUGUCUUACAGGAAGCCAGCUCUGUCCAACCACCAAACCACCGGGAUGUCCAUGCUACCCAACCCAUGAACUUCCUGGAGGCGUCACUGGAUUUCUCAGCAUCCCCAGGCCACUGCUAACAAAGACCUGACUAACAUGGGGUUCAGAACCCUUUUACUUCAGCCAUAUCUGGGCCCACUGGUAACCACUGGCCACAGCCUGAGAGUGAUUUAGGAAGCCCUUGAAGAGGUGAUGGGAACUGCCCAUGUUCCCCCAGAGGACUCUUGGACUUAGGCACACUCUCCCAGCUCUCCAGCCUCACAGUUGUCCGUCCAUAUUAGGAAGGUACCAGAAGAUGCUAGAUAGUUCUGAGUCUUGAAAGUAGGGUCAAGACCCCACAGGAGUCAUCCCAUGAACCCUCCCCCUGUAUUCCCAGGCCAGAGAUUCUGGAGGACCCACUUUCUGCUCCCCACCACCAGAACCCCACAGGAAGAGAGAUGUUUACAGAGUGUGCAAGUCUCAGCUCUUGGAACCUACUUAUAAGCUCCUUAGGGGGCACGGUGGGGAACGCUGUUCCAAAGCAGUUUCUACUCUCGGUAAAUUAUUUAAGACAUCUGCUAUGUCAUUCUAUUAAAAAGAUACCAGUGUGUCAGUUUUGUAGAUCACAUCGUUUUUUUUUUUUUCAUAAUAAAAGCUCGCUUUUGAUGCCUGGCACUUUUUAAUAUAUAUCUACACAUAUCGUGACCCCGCACUGAGUGACAACUCGGAGCUCAUUCUUGUGUCCCCUACCCCCUCCACUCCUGUCCUUCACUCAGAGGGAACCAGAAUAAAAGAAAAGCUUUUUCACCUUAGCCCAAAACAAAGCACAUCUUAAAGGCAAAUAAGGUUUUUUUUUAUUUAAGUGACAUUUCAGAGUUAAAAACAGCUCACAUCAAAAUCAAGACCAAAUGUAAAAAUCUUUUAACUCCAUAAUGCUGUUUUUUGUUUUGUUUUGUUUUUUUGUCUUGUUAGAAAUCGGAUAUUUUACAUUUUCUUUUCUAACGGAUUUUGUACAAGGCAGCCAUGAGGACUAAAAUAAGCCUUUUCUAUCACAAACCAUCCAUCACAGAGAGGACUGGAAGUUACACACAGGGACAGGCAGACCUUAGACAAGGUCAGACCGGCUGCCACCACUGAGUAAACAAAGAGAAAAGGACAGUGGGUCUGAGUCUGAGGGGGAAUGUCUCACGCUAGCCACCCUCCUGGCCUCCCGCUCCUGGUGUCCCCCAUCUCUUCCAGAGUGUAGAGUCAAACUCUGAUUUUUUUUUUUCUUCCCAACCUUCCUGUUAGUUUCCCAACAAGAUCAGAACUCAAC